AGGGUAGCCCUGCGCCUGCCCUUGUAGGGAGCGGCAGCCGGAGCCCGAAGUGUCCUGGGGGACUGGGUAGGAGCUUAAGACAGGCGACCUAGGCAGGGAGGGCACAGACCAUCGCAUCAGGCAGACCUAAGCAUGGCCAGCAGGAAGACCAAGAAGAAGGAAGGGGGGGGCCUUCGGGCCCAGAGAGCAUCAUCCAACGUCUUUUCCAACUUUGAGCAGACCCAGAUCCAGGAGUUCAAGGAGGCAUUCACACUGAUGGAUCAGAACCGAGAUGGCUUUAUUGACAAGGAGGAUCUGAAGGACACCUAUGCCUCCCUGGGCAAAACCAACGUCAAGGAUGAUGAGCUGGAUGCCAUGCUCAAGGAGGCCUCGGGGCCCAUCAACUUCACCAUGUUCCUGAAUAUGUUUGGGGCGAAGCUGAUGGGUACGGAUGCCGAAGAGACCAUCCUAAAUGCCUUCAAGAUGCUGGAUCCUGAAGGCAAAGGCAGCAUCAACAAGGACUACAUCAAGCGGCUGUUGAUGUCUCAGGCAGACAAGAUGACCGCUGAAGAGGUUGACCAGAUGUUCCAGUUUGCCACCAUCGAUGCUGCAGGCAACCUGGACUACAAGGCACUGAGCUACGUGCUCACCCACGGGGAGGAGAAGGAGGAGUGA